UCUGGUUCUUAUAUUGCUCGAGUUCAUGAUUCGUUAUUGAGGAAGGCACUGAAGGGAGAGAAAUAUCUGAAACUGUACAGCUAUCACUACUUAAUAAAUGGAUUUGCAGUACUUGUCACUCCCCAACAAGCCGACAAACUUUCACAGUGGACAGAGGUGGCGAAUGUAGCUUUGGAUUUUUCAGUUAGAACAGCAACAGCUCAUACUCCACAAUUUCUUGGUCUACCAAAUGGAGCGCGGGCACAACGUGGUGGGUAUGACUCAGCUGGAGAAGGAGUUGUGAUUGGUUUUAUUGAUACUGGCAUUGAUCCGACGCAUCCCAGCUUUGCUGACGACGUGUCUGACUGUCCGUAUCCAGUCCCUACCCAUUACUCAGGGAUUUGUGAGGUCACCUCGGAUUUUCCAUCUGGAUCAUGCAAUAGGAAGCUUGUUGGCGCCCGGCAUUUUGCUGCAUCUGCCAUAACCAGAGGAAUUUUCAAUGCAUCUCAGGACUAUGCAUCGCCAUUUGACGGAGAUGGUCAUGGGACGCACAUGGCUUCAGUUGCAGCAGGAAACCAUGGAAUUCCAGUUAUUGUUUCUGGUCAUCACUUUGGGAAUGCUAGUGGAAUGGCUCCUCGUUCACACAUCGCUGUUUACAAGUCAUUAUAUAACAGUUUUGGAGGCUUUGCUGCGGAUGUUGUUGCUGCAAUUGACCAGGCUGCUCAGGAUGGCGUUGACAUAAUAAGCUUAUCAAUCACUCCAAAUAGGCGUCCUCCUGGAAUUGCAACGUUCUUCAACCCCAUUGACAUGGCUUUAUUGUCAGCAGUAAAAGCUGGCAUUUUUGUUGUGCAAGCUGCCGGAAAUACUGGGCCUGCACCAAAAAGCAUAUCUUCCUUCAGUCCAUGGAUCUUCACUGUUGGUGCUGCUGCUCAUGACCGAGUGUACCAAAACUCCAUAGUUCUUGGAAACAACCGAUCAAUUGCUGGAGUUGGCCUUGUGCGUAAGCCAUCUGUUAGCUGA